AUGUCAUCGCAGAAAAAUAUCCAGAAAGCCCUUGAGGAGAGUAUGACACGUGCCAAGUCACGUGGGUUCACACUCGAAUACCAAGAACGGAUUGAGUCUGAAGAUAAUAUUAUCUCACUCCGGACUCUUGCUUCCCCGACUGACAACAAGUAUGAAUAUGUUAAGUUUACUUGGAAUAUAUGGAGGCUUUCCCGCGGUGAACCUGUGGAUGACUUCUCAAAUCUGAAAGAGCAACCCGACCCAACGCCACAGCAGCUCAAAAGCUUUGCCGAGUUCUAUAUCACAUCUCGGUGA